CGCUUUGUGCGCGUGCGCCAACGAACUUUCCAACGUCGCGUGUCAAAAUAUGAUUGCCAAUCCAAUACCACAGCAAAGUGUAUUCCAUAAGCAUAAAGUACUUUAAGUGAGUUCGGGGAAGUGAAGGCAGACGAAAUGCCACGUGGAACAUGGUGACAACAAUCAAAAUUACCUGCGAUGGCGUCUUCAUCCAAUCCAAUUCAUAUCUCACGCCCACGCAAACGAACACGACGAUCUCAGUGCCAAAAGAGGAAGCAGCAGCAGCAACAACAAUCACUGAGAAUAAUAACAACAACAGUUUGAGCAACGAGAGCGACAACUCGCAGACAAGCAGUGGCAGUCAAACCACCGGCUGCACCAUCAUCACCAACAACAGCAAGAACAACAACAACAACAACGGCUGCAACAGUAGCCACAGCAGCAAUAGCAAAAAGUCAACACGCUCCAGUUGCAGUCGGCAUCAUCGUGUGGCAGGAUUAGCCGCAGUUACUCCUGCUGGAACGUCACAGGAUACGCGAAGGCGUUACUAUUACUUUGGCAGCAAGGACGUCUACUGGUGCAAACAGAGUCUGGCACACAGUUUAACGCGCAGUGCCAGCAGUCUCAACCACCACAACAACAACAACAACAAUUACACCACCAAUGGUCAGGCGUCUGCUGGCCAGUUGAUUGCCAAGGCACGCCGUCGUCCGUUGCAGUUGUGCAGCAGUUUGAGUGCCGCCUAUGCGCCGCCCAAGCGCAAAGAGUUCUACUUUUGUGAUAAAUAUGCGCCAACAAUUAGUGGUGGCACCACCAACACCAAAGCGGCGCACCAAACGGCGGCAACAAACGCAGCGCAGCCCAUCGAUGUGCGUCUAUUGAAUUUUCUGCGCAACGCACAGCGUAGAUUUCAAUCAGCAACAACAGCAAGCACAGAAACAACAACAACAGCAACAGCCAAAGCAAAGUCUGAAAACAACAGCAGCAACAACAGCAGAAGCAACACCAAAGAGCGUUCAUCAUCUAGAAGCAGGAGCAACAACCACAACAACAACAACAACAUCAGCUCUCUGCCGCCCAUCAUCAGCACCGAUGAUUGGUUUGACGAAGAAGCAAGCGAAACAAAGGCGAAGGAGAAACAAACGACAAACGGCAAAGGCAGGACGACAAAGUCAGCUGGGGUGGUUGAGCCGUUGAUAACCGUUGAAAUCAAACAGGGCCAACUGAAGCACAAACAGCAGCGACAGCCGCAAACAACAGCGGCUGCAAAGCCGCCAAAAACAACAGCAACAAAAUCGGCCACAGAUCAAACAAGAACAGGUACCUCAGGUGACAAUAGGUGCGCGGCCAGCUGCAAGGUCGAGGAUAUGAACAGUCACGCGACCGCCACACAGAACGGACAAACAACGGUAGUUGGGCAUCAUCGCGGCUUCUCGCAGCCAUCGGUCGCCGCGACAACAGUGUCCGGCAGCACAUCGGGCGAUCCAUGGUAUCUGCAGGCCACCGGGCAUCAGAUGCCGCCAACAGCGCCGCUCCGACACAAUAAGCGGCCAGCACCACAGCCCAAUUCAAUGGGCGUUGGCGUUGGUGUCGGUGUGGGCGUUGUGGCCACAUCGCUGCUGCAGCAUCAGCAACAGCUGAGCCAAUCACAGCCGCACAUUGUGCCGCCAAGCAUACCGCCGCAUCAUCAUCAUCAUCGCGACAACAAUGUGCACCAAACACCAGCAGCAACCGCAGCAGCAGCGCAUGCAUUAAAUAGUCAUAAUUUAAUCAACAAUCAUUCGCCCAAAUCGCCCAAUCAGACGCAACUGCAACUGCAACAGCAGCCGCAGACGACGACAAUACAACAACAACAACAGCAGCAGCAGCAACAUAGUAUAUUGUCAACAUUUGCGCCCGCUGCAACAACAGCAACACAUACACAGGCCGAACAGGCAGCAGCAGCAGCAGCAUCUGUGACAGCGGCAGCUGUUGCCGCCGUCGCACAACAGCAGCAGCAGCAACAUAUGCAGCUGCUGGCCAACUGCGCUUCCAGCAAUAAUCUAAUGUCCUCCUCGCUAACGUUACAUACGCCGGUGGGCGUGUUGCCGCCCAAAAGUUUAGCGCUGAGUGGCGGCAAUUGCAGCAACAGCAGCACUGGCGGCAACAGCAGCAGCAACAAUAUACUGCUGCAGUCUACGCAGCCAACAAUCGUCGGCAGCAGCAGCAGCGCCAGCAACAGCAAUAACAAUAACAACAACAACAUUAGCAAUAGCAACAGCAGCAGCAACAACACAGGCAUGUCCACAUCGCUGCACAGCUUCGAUAUCAACGGCGGCGGCGGCAGCAUGGACAAGUGGACAAGUGGUUCCACAACGGCCAUGAAUCAUGCAUCGCUGUCACCCACAGGCGCACCACAGCUACGCAAAUGUGAGGUCAAACUGAAUGCAAUGCCCUGGUUCCAUGGCAGCAUAACGCGCGACGAGGCGGAACAUUUGCUGCAGCCGCGUGAGGAUGGACUCUUUCUGGUGCGCGAGUCGACAAAUUUUCCCGGUGAUUACACGCUGUGCGUUUGCUUCCAGGGCAAGGUGGAACACUAUCGUGUCAAAUAUCUGGAGAAUAAAUUAACCAUCGACGAUGAGGAAUACUUUGAGAAUCUGGGACAACUCGUCGCGCACUAUGAGGCCGAUGCGGAUGGUCUUUGCACUCAGCUUGUUAAGUGUUUGCCCAAGUUGGGCAAACAAGAGUUUUGCAUUAACUCCAAAGAAUUUGUGGACAAGGGCUGGGUCAUACCGGAGGCGGAGCUGCAGCUACGCGAGAGCAUUGGCAAGGGCGAGUUCGGUGACGUCAUGUUGGGCAUAUUGCGCAACGAGAAGGUCGCCGUCAAGAUGCUCAAAGAUGAGGGCGCUGUGCAAAAGUUUCUCGCCGAGGCAUCGGUCAUGACCACGCUGGAGCACGAGAAUCUGGUCAAGUUUAUUGGCCUUGUUUUUACCAGCAAGCAUCUGUACUUGGUUACGGAAUACAUGAGCAAAGGAUCGCUGGUUGAUUAUUUGCGUUCGCGUGGACGACAGCACAUAACCAAAAAGGAUCAAAUCAAUUUCGCCUUCGAUACGGCCUCUGGCAUGGAGUAUCUGGAGGCCAAAAAGGUUGUGCAUCGCGAUUUGGCUGCACGGAAUGUCCUCAUCUCUGAGGACUGUGUUGCCAAGGUAUCCGAUUUUGGUCUGGCACGCGAGGAAUGCUAUAAUCUCGAUGUUGGCAAGCUGCCCAUCAAAUGGACAGCGCCCGAGGCACUCAAAAAUGGCCGCUUCUCCAAUAAAUCGGAUAUGUGGAGCUUUGGCAUACUUCUAUGGGAAAUAUACUCCUUUGGACGUGUGCCUUAUCCCCGAAUCCCACUGGCGGAUGUGGUGAAGCACGUUGAAGUUGGCUACAAAAUGGAAGCACCCGAGGGCUGCCCACCCGAAAUCUACGAGAUGAUGCGUCAGGCAUGGGAGCUAAAUCCAGCGAAGCGGCCAACAUUUGCGGAGCUCAAAGUGAAGCUGCAGCACCUAAAUAAUGCAACGGCGUGAGAGGCUCCACACAACAAUAACUAAAUGAAGGAAACAACAGCAACAACAGUUCCAGCAACUAACGGAAAAUAAUGUUUUGAAAUGACUUUAGUUUGAGGGCAGGAAAUGAAAAUGAUAAUACCGCCAAUGCAGACCGAAAGAUUUAUUUAACACUGACACUGAACGCAACAAUUUUUCGUACCCAUAAUAAAAUUAAUAUAUAUAUAUAUAUAUAAUUCUAUAGACGUAUAUAACUAAUUUACAACAAUUUAUUUACAUAUAUAAUUUAUGCGAUAAGUUUUUUGUAAGCUUAACCGAAAGAAACCCAACACAAUCAAGCAAUGUUAGUGAGUUGCGCCCAGCUAACGUUCUAUAACUACUAUAUAUCGAUAUCUAAAUAUACAUAUAUAUAUGUAUAUAUACAUAUGCAUAUGCAGAGUUUCAAUUCUGUGUAAUUUACUAUUACUAUUACAAAACUACAUAAUUGUUUUAUCUGAAGUUGGUAUUUAUAGUUUGUCCCCUUCCAACCAAUUGUACACACUAUUUUCUCUCACUCUCCCCUUCUCUAUAGAUAUAUAAAAAUCUGUAUGUUUUGAGCUAUAUAAUACUUUUGUCAGCCACUGUGACAAAAAAAAAUGUGAAGAAAAAAAUGAUUUACUGCUUAUAUUU